AUGGCGAAUCAAGAUCAUCCUUUCGUUUUUGAAGACGGUGAUGUACGAGCCAAAGCCACUUACAAUGGACAAAAGAUUACUUUCAAACUAUGCUCCUAUGCGCUUUGUUUCGCCAGUCCAGUCUGGAAGAAAUUCGUCUUUCCUCCAUUUCCCCUCUUACGUUCUACAAAUGCUGCAGUCGAUUCGCAAUCAAAGAAGUCUCGAACAGCUUCGAUUGACCCGUUUCCCGAUAUUGAGUUGGACUUCACGGAAGAUGACCCAGCAGCUCUGUUGGUACUUUUGCGGAUUACGCAUUUAAAAUUCUCAACCAUUGCUUCAUACUUGCCAUACGACACUUUGUACAACUUUGCCGUCCUCUGUGACCAAUAUGAUUGUAGGAAGCUGGUAGGACCAUUGGUGAACGUUUGGUUGAAGCACGAGUGGGACGACGUGAAUUUGCAUCAGGGAGGAUGGUUGUGGAUUGCGUAUUACUUUGGGGCGAAAAGUCUGUUUGCGGAUUUAUUGGAAGUCCUUACAUGUCAAGCAGUUCCUGGAGACAAAGGCGAUUGCUUAAUACGCCGCCCACACUGGUACCCUAACUCUCACUGCGCAAUGGAUGGAACCAUGAUCAACACGUAUUCAUUGGAGAAGGAAGGCUAUCCAUUGCCACCUAAGAUUUCCGAGACGCUGCUGAGAAUUCGUACCGACGUAAUUUCACUUUUGCUCUCUAACAUGAUGGAUUUUAUGGACCUAUUAUCAGGCGAUGAAAACUCGGUAAACUGUAAGGAAACAUGCAAUUCAGCCAUGCUUGGGCUCAUUGUCAGAAAGCUCAACUCCCACUUGUUCUGGCCCAUUCCAGAAGCUGAAGACGUCGGUUUCUCCGCUUCCGAAUUACAUGCAAGCAUUACAUUCUUGCUCAAAGAAGCGCACAAGGCCCAUCAGACCAUUAAGAUACCUCACAAAGGCACGCCAUGCCGUCUGUAUCUGUCAAGCAUGUUGAACUUAGUUCAUGGUGGAGAAACGUGCAAUACACAGUUGCCCGUUGUUUAUGGAUCCAGUAGCUUUGGUGAUUCCCUCAAAAUCUAUAAUGCAAAUUUGGACCGUGCAACUAGGGAUGUUGGAGAGAUCGACGACUGGAAUGAAUGA